AUGAAAAACAUCUGGCAAUCCAGUACAACUUAGAUGUGUGCGUACUCUCGGCACCUCCCCUUCCUGUUAUUGGUCUGUGCUUAAAUGCUGGUGUUUCCUAACUUUUUCUCUUAUUUUGAAAGCUCAGAGAACCAGAGAAGACAGAAGAAGCAUGGUGGUUCCUACAGGCACGGCUGUCCACAAGCAGCCCACCCAGGUGGUGACAGUCGUCAGGACCGUUGAAAACUCUGGCCAAUGGAGCACCGACCUCUGUGAUUGCUGCUCUGAUAUGGAGAGCUGCUGCUGUGGCCUUUGCUGUUUUCCCUGCAUGCAGUGUGAUGCAGCCAAUAAACAUGGAUGGUGCUGUGCAGUGCCACUCCUGGAUGUUUGUGGUGUGGUGUCCUGCUUACUCCGUGGGUCCAUCAGAGAGCGCCACAACAUCGAAGGCUCGUUCACUGAUGACUGCUGUAAAGUGUGCUUUUGUUACCCAUGUGUUUGGGGCCAGAUGCAUCGAGAGCUGAAGAUCAGGGAAAACAAGUAGCCCGCCACCUCGACUGUGAUCAGCAUGCAAGUCGUCUGUGGAUACGAUGCAAACAUUUUGGCUGUGUGAUGAGAGGCUAUGUCACUGCUGAAGCAAAAUGCUUUAAAUUUGUUGUCAUAUAAUUAGUUGAACGCCUAUGUGACUUUUUCAGGCCAAUAAAAUCCUUUAAUUUUAUACAA